UUCAAAUAAAACACUCAUCACCAUCCAAACUUUCGUCUAAAAUCGAUCAGAUCAAACGAACCCAAAAGUUCCCCAAAUAUUCCAAACCCUAACAUUUUAACAUCUCAUCAAUGGAGGCAACAGCAGAAGAUCUAAACCUCCUCAACAAGAUCAUUCCUCCGCGUAUAGACGACGCCGGUCUCGAAGAUUGCGCAUUGCCUCCCCAUUCUAUUCAAGAAGCCUUCCUUAAAGCAGCCUCCGCUGUAGGUUCACGCGCAUCUUCUAUUUUCUCCGAAGACACCGGUGGAUGCGUCACCGAUCCUUGGCGGGAGAAAUCUGUACAAUCGGAUUCUCUGCUUGGUAUCGAAUCUGAAAAUGCUCCUUCGGAACCUUGCGCAGUUGGUAAGGGUGUUCCAUCGGGCAGAGAAGGUGAAUCAGGGAGUGAUGUAGUGGUGGUUGGAGAUAGAAACGAGGAAGACAUUGAAAAGAAGGAUGAAGUUUUGGUAGUUGGUUAUGGCGAAGAAGGUGGUGAUGGAAAAGAUUGUGUCGAUGGGUUGAAGGGGUUGAAGAUUAAGGAGAAGGAAGAGAAAUGUGAUGAAGAAGAUGAUGAUGAUGAGGAUGAAAAGAAGAAACCUACUUUAAUUGAGGGGUAUUUCUUGAAUCCUUAGUUUUGUUUUUGAUUAGUUUUAAGGGAAUGUGAAUUGGAAGAUCUGUGU